AUGGCGGCCGUCAAUCAAAAUAUGUUCGAUGCUAGCAUCAUGACUGAGCGGCCAGGCGGGGCCUCGCUGAUGGUACUCCCGCUGAACCUGAUCGCUCAGAUUGUGUCCCAUGUCGAGGAUACCAGUGACCUUGCGCGACUCUGCCGAACAUGCCGCGUGCUCAACUACAUGGCGUUGCCCCAGCUCUACCGCAGCUUGACCCUCAUGUCCUACGACAAAAUCCGUUAUCGCGGCGAACAACCCGAAGGAAUUGGCAGUGCCAGCCCAUUCACUAUGGGCCUCAACGCCGUCAUCACUCGACCCUACGCGACACUCGUCCGAUCGAUCACCCUACGUGGAGACUGGAAGGAGCGUGAGCUGGAGGAGCACGCGCAGGUUGGGCGAGUCCCCGACUCAUCGAUGCUGUUGAAUAUUGCGGUGCGGGCGGCGGUCGAUCGGAUGACCAACCUGGAAAGCUUCAGCUGGGAACUCAACACUAAAAUGCUCGAGACCCCUACAUUCGUUCUUCCGGGCAUGCCGCAUCUGCGAUGCUUGAAGAUCACCGAUAUCGACCCUCUUUGCUAUCCUGAUGAUAUUGCAGUCAUGCUGUGGAAAAGUAAAAAAUUGCGCGAGCUGAAACUUCACUGGUCGCCCCGCAUGCGCAUCGCCCAAGAACCGAGCAUCUCCCUCCACGACUAUUUCCGCAAAUGCAUUGCCGCAAAGCAACCCCUUUCGGUGAAGAAACUCUCAUUCCAGAAUAUGUACGCCUUCCACUCCGAGGAGUUCAAUAUUGCCUUCGAUCCGACGACAGUCGAAGACGUUACCGUGUUAAGUGGGACCGAUACUGUCGGCUUGGUCAACACGUUCAUGGAGAAUAGCUGGCCCACGAUGGUCCCGCACCGCAACCUCAAGAUCAAGUCAAUGCGAAUGGAUGCCGUAUCCAAACGGAACUCCGAAUUUCUCGGCAACUUCAAAGGCUUAGAGCGUUUGUACUUUGUAAACACCUUUCCUGAUUCCCCAGACACUCUUAAUUCCCCUCGACCAGGUAUGGGGCCAUCGUCAACGGCGCUCACACCCCCGGUAACGGAAUAUCCGGCUGGUACCGGAGCAGCGAGCAAUUCACCCGCAGCAGUCGCCUCCCCGGCCACUCAGUUGAAUCUUACUCUAAGCGUGCGGGACAGCUAUCUCGCAAAUAUCACCAUCAACCAUGGUUCCACCUUACGACACCUUUGCCUCUCUUCAAAGUGGCCUCUUUCUACCUCUAUGAUUGCGCGUCUCGUACACAGUUGUCCCAAUUUAGAACAAUUGGCUCUUGCUACCGAUUUACACAGUAUGGACUCUCUUGGAAUGUUGGUUCCAUUUCUGCGGAAAUUAGUAGCUCUUCGAUUGUUGAUACCUGCUGGUUCCCCAGGCCCCCAAAGUGGCUCGUCUAAUGUUGCGCCAUCUUCUGCAACGAGUACCUCCUUUUCCGACUACCCUUUCAAGAACAAGGGGGAGUCUAUGGCUUACAAAGGACUCAAGUUCUCCAAGGAAAUUGAAGAUGCGAUUCUCAAUGCCCGCAGCCUGGCAGACCUUGUCGAUUUGGAUGACGAUGUGCUCAUCCAGAUGAUGAGUUAUGACUUGGCAGAUCACCAAAUCUUUGGAAAUGUCAAAAUUGUCGGCAUGGGCUGGAAAGCAUUUGAAUUACGCGACUAUUGUAAAGUACCUGUUCCUUCAGGCGUGGAGUCCCAAUCCCAAUCGCCUCCUGCCGUGGAUCCACCGGAAGACACUUCAAAUGGGCUCGUGACUGGCACAGAUGGACUGAGCCGCAAUGGUGCCUCGUCUGAACAACCUAACAUUCUGUCCAAGUCUCCUACCGUCUCUACUACCCCUGCCGCCACUCUACCACCCUCGACACUCGGAAAACGAACACGGGAUGAUGAUAAUGAAACAAACUCUGAGCCGGUCUCUGCGUCCGAGUCACGGGAUUCAUCUAACUUCCGUGACUCGAGCCUGGGUAAUUGUGGCCAUUUCCCUCCGGUUGUGACGAACGAGGGUUAUUUGGUGAAAAGAAAUAUGAAACGAGCCGGCUGGGACGUCCUGAAACAUUGGGAAAUCUGGGCGCUGGACACGCAGGAAAUUUAG